GGCGGCCGGGCCCAGGCGUUUCCGGUGUGGCGGGCGCGUCGCGAGCGGUCGGUUGGAGGCGCCGGUAGCCGGUAACCGGCGGCCGAGCGCGCUGCGCUGCCCCGCUCCGCCUCACCCGGACACGGCAAUGUCGGACAGAGCGGACGGGCCCGCGGGGGGCCCCCCCGGCUCGCCCACCCGCGACUCCGCCGGUGACUCCGAGCCGCGGAUCAUCAAAGUCACAGUGAAGACUCUCAAGGAGAAGGAGGAGUUCGCCGUUUCCGAGACCAGCAGCAUCCGGCAGUUCAAGGAAGAAAUCUCUAAGCGUUUCAAGUCCCACAUUGAUCAGCUUGUUUUGAUAUUUGCUGGAAAAAUUUUAAAAGAUCAAGAUACUUUGACUCAGCAUGGAAUUCAUGAUGGACUCACUGUUCACCUGGUUAUCAAAACACAAAACAGAUCACAAGACCCCCCAACUCAGCAGGCAAACACCACUGGGAGUACUCCUACCACAUCAACAUCAAGCAGUAGCACCUCAACACCAGCAUCAACAAAUAGUAAUCCAUUUGGCUUGGGUGGCCUUGGAGGUUUGGCAGGCCUGAGUAGCCUGGGCUUAAAUACUCCAAACUUCUCGGAGUUGCAAAGUCUGAUGCAACGACAACUUAUGAUCAACCCAGAAUUGCUGAUUCAGAUGAUGGAGAGUCCAUUUGUUCAGACAAUGCUUUCAAACCCCGACCUGAUGAGGCAGUUAAUUAUGGCUAACCCUCAAAUGCAGCAAUUGAUGCAGAGAAAUCCAGAAAUCAGUCACAUGCUGAAUAAUCCAGAUAUAAUGAGACAGACACUAGAACUUGCUAGAAACCCCGCAAUGAUGCAGGAAAUGAUGCGAAACCAGGACCGAGCGUUGAGCAACCUUGAAAGUAUACCAGGGGGAUACAAUGCCUUGCGGCGUAUGUACACAGACAUUCAGGAGCCAAUACUGAAUGCAGCACAGGAACAGUUUGGAGGUAACCCAUUUGCUUCUUUAGUAAGCAAUGCAUCAGCAGGAGGGAACAAUCAGCCAUCUCGUACAGAAAAUAGAGAUCCUCUGCCAAAUCCGUGGGCUCCUCAGUCCAGCUCACAGACUUCCACAACAAAUACCACCACUACUGGAGAGAGCAGUGACAGCAGCAAUGUUGAAAAUAGCACUUCAGGCACAACAGGACAGAGCUCAACUCGGCCGAAUUUGGGACCUGGGCUUGGAGCUGGUAUGUUCAACACACCAGGAAUGCAGAGCUUAUUACAGCAGAUAACAGAAAACCCACAACUUAUGCAGAAUAUGUUGUCUGCACCAUACAUGAGGAGCAUUAUGCAAUCAUUAAGCCAGAAUCCUGAUCUUGCAGUACAGAUAAUGUUGAAUAAUCCUAUAUUUGUUGGAAAUCUUCAACUUCAGGAACAAAUGGUACAACUACUUCCAACUUUGCUUCAGCAAAUAGACGAUCCUGACGUAUUAUCAGCUAUGUCAAACCCCAGAGCAAUUCAGGCUCUGAUGCAGAUUCAGCAGGGCUUGCAUACAUUAGCAACAGAAGUACCGGGGCUUCUACCAGGGUUUAAUCCUGAUUUGGGUGGAGUGGGAAGCAGCGGAGCUCCUACAGCAUCCACUGUACCUAGUUCUGUUUCCUCUGAAAAUACAAGUCCAGCUUCAGGAACUGCUGAACCUGGUCACCAGCAGUUUGUCCACCAGAUGUUGCAGGCACUUGCUGGUGCAAAUGCUCAGGUGUGCAGGUCCCUGCCAGGACCCUGCUCCAGCACAGGUUUCUCAUGGGGUGACAGCCUCCUCUCAGGCAUACACCUGCUCCAGCCUGGGGCUCCUCCACCAGCUGCAAGUGGAUCUCUGCAUCCCCAUGGACUUCCAUGGACUGCAGGGGCACAGGUGCCUCACCAUGGGCCACACCAUGGGCCACAGGGGAAUCUCAGGUCUGGUGCAUGAAACACCUCCUCCCUCUCUUUCUCCAGUGACCUUGGUGUCUGAAGAGUUGUUCCUCUCACGUGUUCUCACCCUGUUCUUUUCUGGCCGCAGUUACAUCUAUGCAAUCAUAUUCCCCCCUCCUUCUUAAAUCUGUUUUCACAGGAGCAUUACCACCAUUUCUGAUUGGCCCAGCCUUGGCAGCAAUCCCCAUCUGUCUGAGAGUCAGCUGGGAUUGGUGCUACAGGGGGUGGAGGAAGUUUCCAGCAGCUUCUCACAGAAGCCACCCCUGUAGCCACCCUCCUUCCCCAGUUACCACAACCUGGCAAAAUAAAAUAAAUAAUAUUAAUAAAAAAAUCCAAAACAUAUAUCACUUUAUAGUUGAGGUGGCAGGCAGCUUUUGCCUGUAUAGAUAACUUGUACAGUUUGGGAUUGAUAGCAUUUCAUUUUUAUUUCCUCAUUUUAGCACUGAAAAAUGUUUAUGCUGUAGUAGGUACAGUAUUUACACAGCAUGCUACCAGUUGUGCUUAGCAUAAAGUCAUGAGGAUGUAUAAUGCAUGUAUCUUGCAUAGAUAUUUUGUGCGUAGAGAUAGAGAAAGCAAUUUCUAACUCCAGGUGUUUCCUUCUUAGUUUUUGUUGCAUUUCCUAAAUACAUUUCAAAAUACACACAGAGCACUGGCAUCCAGAUAAGCUGUGCUAAAUAUUAAUAGCCUGCCCAACUAACCUGAAUAUGACAUCCCUAGAAUAGUGGUGUUAGUUUAAAAACAAUAUAAAACCCAAAAAAUAUUCGAUCAUAACAAAAGGACCAAAUGAAACCAAACUCAAGUAAAUUAAAUGUUGUAGAAUGUAAAUGUUGUGUUUGGGCAGGUAUUGUUCUGCUCCCUUUUUCUUCUACUGCACAUGUGCACAGCUUGAUAAAAUCUGAGAGUAGUAUUAUGUGCUUAGUAUUGCAAUAAUUCAUGUCUUAAUCUAUUAAUUUGUAAUGCACAGAACAUAACUAAACAGAAAGAAUGCUUUGUUGUCUUUCAGAAUAGCAGGUAACAGACAACUGAUUAGCUUGACAACAACCUUCUUUGAAGCAUCUUUUAAGUAAAAGCAAAAUGUAAAUAUAUUAAAAGUGUAAGGGAAGGAAAUAUUCCCAACAUAGAAGCAAAGACUGAGAAAUACCCUGACCUGAUUUGAAGAAGCUAAACUGCCUGUAAGUAUGAACUUUGUUUUAGAAGCCUUCCAAAAUCCAAGCUGCUUACAUAAGACUCUCUGAAAGAGAAUUAUUUUUAACUGCUGAGUACAAUUUUUUUGUUGGUGGUGGAAGUGGUGAAGCCACUUUGAGAGUAUUCUAUAAAUGCGGACAAGUAGGUCUGAAAAUCAGUUUGGUCUUCUCAGAACUCACACUUAAAAAAAAAAAAAAAAUUGAAGGUCUGUUUGUAUCUGUGUGUGACAGGAUGCAACUGCUGUAGAGUGUCCUGUUCUGGCUUUAUUGUGUGUGAAAGAAGUAAGCAUAAAUACGUAUUUUAUACUGGGUACAUUAGUCAACUGCUUGUAAAAUGGUGUAUUGGAAAAGAUGAAGACUUCAUUAACAGCAGAGGUGCCACAGGAGGGUGCUGUAUCUGUGAUUUUCAUAGCUACAAAAUUUGUACAGGUCUGACAAGUCACUUGAUCUGAAGGGGUCUCUGAAAUUUGAGGGUAUUAAGCAUACAGACAUCCCUGUCUCUUGCACUUACUUAACUUGGCUUCUAUGUCUUCAGCUUGCAGUUUCAGUAGACUGAAACUGGUAACUGCUUGGUAUUCUCGCUUCAGGUCACAAAUAAACAGGAAAACACCAUGUCUGGGUAGGUUAAUGCCUAAAAUCCCAACUCAGUGUCUAAAAAUUGCUGCUUUCAGUAAGGUAAUGCCCAUUUAUUGCACUAAUAUAAGCACAGUAGUUUGUCUACUAAACCACAAAGCCCUUACUAGUGAGAACCAUGACUAAUGUUUUUCAACUACUUACCCAGGUAAAAAUUGCACUAAAGACGCUUUCGAACAUGAGGUACUUUUCUACAAGAGUUCAUCUAUAUCCCAAGGUUAAAAAACAAAAAACAAAAAAACAAAGAAAAAAAAAAAAAAGGCAUGACAUACUAAAAAUAAUCCAUGUGUGACAGCACAUGGAGAUGUCUCCAUUUGGACAAGACUCAAAUCUUUCUUACUAAUAAAAACUUCAGAAGCUAUCUGGAGUUUUUAUAACAUUAAGCUGAAAAGGCAUGACAUGACAUGAAGUACUUUUUGAAAAAUACCUUGGUGGUAAAAAAGGACUUUAACCUUAAAUUCUGUGAGCUAAGUGACUGAUUGGGUAUUUGGAGUUUUCUUCUAAUCUUCAUCAAAAAAGAUGAGAAAAAUACAUAUUAGGAAUAGUCUGAUCAAAAGCUUUAAAGCAAUUGCAUUGACAUGCACUGAGGUGCCCACCAGCACUGGGAAGUGAAGGAAAAGGUCCAACUGCAAAAAGUUUUCAAAACUAAGGAGAUGUCUCUCAACCUUGCAUUCAGUACUUUAAAUCACUGGUUGACUCACACUUGACUGCAAUGUGUACAUUUGUACAUGAAAGCUCUAAGUUCAGAGUCAGUAUGAUGCCACUUAAGCUGUAUUUCUAAAGCUUUUCAUUCAAUUAAAUUUUGUAUAUUGCAUCGUCACCACUACCUUUUUCUUUUCUCACAUUUUUCAGCUUGGUGGCCAAUGCAUACAUAAGAGAUCAGUAAAGUUCUCAUGUAGUCAUAAGUGCUCUGGUGAGGUCAACAAGGAUACAAACACAGAACCUACAACUCGAUGAAAAUCCAGCAGUGAGACAAGAAUAGUGUCAUGUAUGGAACUUCAUCAUGCAUGUUCCUGCCUCUUCUAGGAAAAUUAUGUUAUUUUUAACAAAGCUGUAAGUUAUUUAAUCUUGUAAUAGCAGAUAUGCCCAUCUCAGUGUCUGACAGAGUAAAUAUUAAAAUUUAGAAAAUAAAUUAUUCUGUGUGACCCUUGCCAGGAUCCUCAAAAGCAGGCUCUUACUAAAAGGAGAAUUUUAACUUCAUAGAGUGAAGGGCUUAAAAAGUUAACAGGUUUUGCAAAUUACAUCUUGUAUGUCUUACAGAGCCAUGAUUAAAAAAAGGAGUAGUAAACCAGCUCUUAAAAAUAAGUUGGUUUGAUUUAAUAAUCAAUUUAAUAAUUAAAAUCCUGUCUCAUAGCCUUGCUAUCCUUCAGGGAAUUUCUGUAUGUGUCAUUCAGAAAAUUACUCUGGCAAAGCCUCACCCUGAAGAAUGGCACUCUCAAUCAGUAGCAGUAUUUCUGGGAGAGAUUUUUCUAUACUGACAGUAAUGAAGUUUUCUGGUGCACUGGGUGGCUCUAGAGUAUCAAACUGAGACUGGAGAAGUUCACGUGGCAUAAAAUGACCUCUCCGCUUCUCCAGGCGGCCAGCAAUGAUGUCCUUAGGUCCAUCCAAAUGAACAAAGAGGAUCUUCAGUGCUGGGUUGUCUCCUGGUUGCUCUGUCUGGUUGCUUUCAAUUGCAGAUGUUCCACCACUUAACACACACCUGUACAUCUUCUUCAGUGCAGAACAAGCCAGAAUUGUAUCUUGUCUAGAUGUGUCUUCUCUAUUAAAAAAAAAAAAAAAAAUACAAAAACCUUUACAUAUCUACAUGUAGCAUAACAAAAAUGGCUUGUUAGUUCUGCUGAACAAGGCAGACAUGCCCUAGCUCCUCAAGAAGGUCAGCCAUGGGAGUAGAGGCAUUUUGACAGUGAUUUUGACAGGAUUUUGAAACCAAAUUUCCAGUCCAGGUAAAGAUGUGAUUUGAAAGUGAGGCCAAGCUAGCCAGCCUUCUGGUAAAAUCUCAGUCUUAGGGACCUUUUCUAUUAGCUACCAUUCUUUCCUAGAUUAAAUUCAAUUCUAGCACAAGGAAGUGUCAAGCUCAUUUCUUUAAUUGCUGAGAACAGGAACUAAAUAUCCAUAGAAACACCUGUCCCUUGUCUAUAAAAUUACUAUACUGUUCUCUCUAAAGGUAAGGGGCUGAUAAGCAAUACAGACCACUGUUCUUAAAUACACAAUAUUUUCAACACCCGCUGUCACUGUCUCAGAUUUAACUGUAAUUUAUGUUUCCUGCAACUCAUUGGUAGCAUUGCAUCUAUACUCACUUCAGCUUAAGCAAGGGAUUGCAGUUCAGUGAAUGUGUUGCAUAUGUAUUUUCUGCUGACAAGGUUUUUUUAAAUAAAGCAUUUAACUCUG